UCUAUGUAUUAAUGGUUAUAAAAUGUAUUUUAGCUGAGGGGUAGAGCUUGAGCUUUGGACUGGCUGUAACCAACCCCUUGUCUCCUUGGAAACAAACAAAAGAGGAAGUUUACAAAGAACUGCCCUGCCCACUUUAACCUGACUCUGUGCCAGAUAAUCUGUCUUUUAGCUGUUCCGGGAAGAGAGCUAAGAGUCAGGCUUGUAGAAGCAGACUCAGAACCAAGGAACUGAAUAAAGUUUGUUUUCGCUCAUUCUUACAAAACAAGGAUUUAAGAGCUAUGGAAACAAUCUUGGCACGCCUGAUUUGCUACCUCCUGGUACUUUCUUUUGAAGUGGCACACGUAGAAAACCAGAACGUGACAACAUCUCCAGCAAAUCCUGGCUCAAACCUGACAGAAUUCACGACAACAUCAACUUUAUCCAACUCCACUGGAGCUCCAACUACUUUCUCAAACUCAACCGAGGACGCAGCCAAAUAUACCAGCACAAAGCAGAAAAAUGAAACCUUCACUACUACAGCGGCUGCAACUGAAAAGACAAGCCAACAUCAAACUUCUCAGUCAGCUAGCUCGUCUUCACCUACACCAACCAUGAAAUAUUCCACGCUUACAAUAACCACACAAACUAUCCAGACUACAACACAUGUCAUUAGUACAUCUGAUACACCAGUGAACUCAUCCAUAAAUUCAUCUCCCACCAUCACAUCUGCAUAUUCAGUUAACACCACAGAGGGUUUGAGGCUUAACAUUCCUGAGAGGAAUAUGACAAUAAUAUUCAGCGGUAUGCUUGGACUCCUUGCUGUGGCAGUAGUUAUGAUCAUGUUUUACAAAUGCAAACAUAAAAUUCAGUACUUGCAUCAACCUCUUACCACCACAGAUGACACAGAUGGAUUUGUAGCUGAUGAUGACACCCUUGUUAUUUCCGGAGGACUUUAUGAUGACCAUCCAAUCUACGAUAACGUACCACCCCCUCCCGCAGAGCAGUCACAAUUUCACCUUGAAUUCCUUCGAUAAAGAGAAAUCUCUUUUCUUAAUCAAAGUGCCAUUCAUUCAUUGAAGACUCGCUGACAUAGACAAACAAGAGGAAAUGAUAAAGAAAAUAAUAAUGAAUAACAAUGGAUGAUCUAAUAAACUAAAUACUUUUUUUUA